UUCGUUGUAAUUAUAUUGGCUGAGAGAAAGUGACGUCAUCGGACAAACGAGGAAAUGAAAACAAUGUCAAAUUUUUCUUUCGUUUUACGUGAAUAAAACAGGUUUUCACUGACCUUGUACUUUAUAGUUGUCUCGAGGCGGCUUUGUUUCACGUUUACGUAAUUUUUGUGCUUUUGAAGGGAAUUCGGAACACAUUAAAAACAACCUUUACCAAAAGAGUUUGGUUUCGCAGAAGCAUGGCAGACCCAAAUCCUCUGGUUUUAAUCGGUAUCGGGUCCAGUUUUGCCUUCUCUUGUCUGUUUUAUAGUCUUUAUAAAGAAAAGAAGGCGGAGUUAAAUAAGCUGAAGCAAAUACCCGUGUUCAGACCAGAUCAACACUUGGUUAAAGUCUUAAAUUCAGCUCCUCACAAGCGACUCAGUUAUGUUGCUGUUGAAGGUAUAAUCCAAGCGGAUGGAGAGCCUUUGGUCAGCAGGUAUGUGCCCCGGUGCUUUGGUGUAAUUCAGAAGAUCACCACAGAGGAGCACUGGAAGCACUUUAACUUUGCCACUAGGACUUGGAACUCUCGCAGGGUCAACAAGAAGGAGACCAACAACUCAGUGUCGUUCAGUCUGGUCAGCCCUGAGUCCUACCUGCCUGAUGUUUAUGUGAAGGUGCAACCCCCCCUGGAGGCCUCAGCGUCCAUCCUGGAGAGGGUUUAUUCCAAAGUGAGGCGUGCUGAGGAGGGUGUGGCAGAUUUGGUGCUGCAGACUCUGAGUGGUGAAAAACCUGAUGCAGUGGUGGAGAACGAGGAAAUGUUACGCGUGGGGAGCUCCCUGAUCGGGUUUGGAGAGGUGGUGCUGGAGGAAGGCCGGGUAGCAAAACUGCAGGCCCCUAAGAACGGUCGUCAAUACAUCCUGGUGUCCAGUGACUACAGGAGCUUCAUGCACCGACACGAGGCUUCAGCCAGCAUGUGGAAGAUGCUGACAGCUGUGACUGGGAUCACAGGAGCUGCUCUUCUAGCUGGGGCUGUGAGCAGCUUCUUUGGAAAACAGGACAGAAAGUCAAAGUAGACUAGAUUCUUUAGGUGUAAGUCCACCAAAUGUAUUUCUCAGGUUUUCUCUCCCUGCCUCAGAUUUUUACCACAAAAAUGGGAUGCGGGUUUAGGUUUAAUCUCAUAUUUUGUUUUACAUGGGGCAAUAAAACCUUUCAUUACAUUCAGAAGAAUGUACAAAAUGUUAUCACAACACUACAAAAUAAGCAUUUGCAAUGCAAAAGUCAUAAAUAAUAGAGUUUGAGGUGGAAAACGUUUCAGAAAACGAUCUUCUAUUCAAAUGAGCCAGAAAAAAAAUCAAAAAUUAAAAUGUCACUGUUUCAUUACAAAUGGAGGCAUUAGGAUAGAGGGAACAGGCUGCUGAGAUAAAUGUGAUUAAAGCUGCUUUUGUAAAAUAAGACAAGUUUAACUCAAGAAUGAACUUUUAAACAUGAAUAUGUCAAAGCCAUAUAAUGAUAAACCCAUUCUGUUAAUGAGGAUGUUUUUAAUCGGUUUGGGUUUUCUUGGUGUAAAACUGAUGAUCCAAGUUUUAUUUAUUGUAAAUCAGACCUAAUUGUACUAAAAUGUAAACCCUCAUUUAGAUUUUAAAGAGCUUUCUGCCUCUUAAAUCAUUCAAUGUUUUCUUUUGUGCCGUAGGAAUUCAGAUGGAGAGUUUUAAACGUAAAAAAUAAAAAUAAACAUACAUUAAAGCAAAA